AGGUUGUCUCUUGGGUCAGUCACAGUCAGCCAAGUGUCUCAAACCUUUUCUUUCUUUCUUUUGAAUUUCAUUUCAAUUUAAUUUCCAUUUCAUUUCCCCCUUUCUCUGCAACUCCCUCCAAUUUAGUUAGAGUUAUAGAGGCAUUGUUGCUGUUUGGAAACAGAUCUCUGAUCUGAAAAUGAGUGCAUCGAGGUUCAUUAAGUGCGUCACCGUCGGCGACGGCGCUGUCGGCAAAACCUGCUUGUUGAUUUCCUACACCAGCAACACUUUUCCCACGGACUACGUGCCCACGGUUUUUGACAAUUUCAGUGCUAAUGUUGUGGUGGAUGGAAGCACCGUAAACCUGGGGUUGUGGGAUACUGCUGGUCAGGAGGAUUAUAAUAGGCUUAGACCCUUGAGUUAUCGAGGAGCUGAUGUAUUUAUACUUGCCUUUUCUCUCAUAAGCAAGGCUAGCUAUGAAAAUAUUGCAAAGAAGUGGAUCCCUGAACUAAGGCAUUAUGCCCCUGGUGUUCCAAUAAUUCUCGUUGGAACAAAGUUAGAUCUUCGAGAAGAUAAGCAAUUUUUUAUAGACCACCCUGGUGCAGUACCAAUAACUACAACACAGGGAGAAGAAUUAAGAAAACUGAUUGGUGCUCCUGCUUACAUCGAGUGUAGUUCAAAAACACAGCAGUUUUCAUGUGCCCCUGUUAAUAACAGAAUGUUAAAGCUGUCUUUGACGCUGCCAUCAAAGUGGUUCUUCAACCACCAAAGCAAAAGAAAAAGAAGAGAAAAGCACAGAAAGCUUGCUCAAUAUUGUGAUUAAGAAUCAGAAGGCUUGCUCAACAUUGUGAUUUAAUAACCAGAGAUUAAUAGGAGGUAUUGACUGUCUGGCCAACGUUUAAUGUUGCCUCUCCAUUGGUUUGUCUUGUUUUGUUCCCUAUCCUCUGUAGCAGAGCAGGAAGCUGUGUAUAGUUUGGACUGACUUCUUAGGCCUUAUAAUCAAUCACAUGAUUACUGCCUUGUCUGUCUCAUUUUCAUACUCUGUAAUUAAAACUAGCUCAAUUACAUAGCUGGUGCCUACCUAUUUCCUUCUACUAUUAUUAUGUUAGUAGCCCAUACUGCUUGCUUUGUGAAUGUGGUCAUAUUCAUUUGGCCUUUUUGAUGUCUUCUAUGAAUUUCUUUAAUGGUUUUGGUCAGAUGUUGCAUAUUUUAAAUUUUAACACUCAAGGGAUGUUAUUGAAGGAUAAAAUUCCAUUUUGGUUUA